UGUUGAGGUGGAGUUUGAGACUUGAAGAGAGAGAGAGAGAGAGAGAGAGAGACGGAGAGAUUCAUAAACGGUUUAAUGCGCGCGUUCACAUCAACGAUCUCAGUUCUGCGAAUGUCUCAUGUGUGAGUUUAAUCAGAUUAUCCUGAAGAAAACGAGUUUACUCAGCGUACGAUAUAUCGUAGUCUUCCGCGCGUCAUCUUCAGAUCUCCUCAGCUGGAAGACACAAACAUGAGCCGAAAAGCGAAACAAACGCCAUCGUGUCUUCUGUGUCUUUUGCUGGUGUCCAGUGUUUGUGCUGUAGAGGCCGAGUACUCAAACUGUGGUGAAAAUGAGUUUUACAAUCACACAAGUAACAGCUGUCGGCCGUGUCCACAGUGUCAACCGGGACAAGAGCCGUACAUGAACUGCGGUUAUGGUACGAAGGAUGAAGAUUAUUCCUGUAUCCCGUGUCCUGCGGGGAAAUUCUCUAAAGGCAAAUAUGAGAUCUGUCGUCGACAUAAAGACUGUGAUUCUCUGUACCGAGCCACGAUAUUAACAGCAGGGACUUUAGAGAGCGAUGCCGAGUGUGGACCGUGUUUACCAGGAUACUACAUUUUAGAAAACAGACCACGUAACAUCUACGGCAUGGUGUGUCAUUCCUGUCAGAACGCUCCCAAAAACAUCAAAGACUGUAUGAAAUCUACAGCUGUGUCAUCAGGUCGAGUUCCCAGUGUGUCAUCCAGCAUCACCACUAUUCUCCCUCAUCCAGAGAAAGAUCCAACGGGUCAAGGUCACCUAGCAACGGCUCUCAUUAUCGCCAUGUCAACCAUUUUCAUCAUGGCCAUCGCUAUAGUGAUGAUCAUUAUGUUUUACAUCCUAAAAGCUAAGCCGAACGGGCAAGCCUGCUGUUCUGGACAAAUCAUAAAGACAGCAGACGUCCAAACAAACAAACAGGAGGAGAAGAAAGAGGUUCAAGAAAGCGUGGUGAUAUUUGCAGAGAAGGAGGAAUUUGACAAGCUCAAGUCUUCACCUCCAAAACCAGCGAAGAGUGAAAAUGAUGCAUCGUCAGAGAACGAGCAGCUGUUGAGUCGCAGCAUUGACAGCGAUGAGGAAGCGGCUCAAGACAAACAGACAGCAGCCGAUCUCUGUCUAAUGUCACUGGUGCAUCUGACCCGAGAGAAAACAUCUUCAACAAACACCAUACACAACACCAGUAACACCAACAACACCAUCAGCAGUAGAGCCACUGGGAUUCACAGCAGAAGGAAAAAAAUCUUGGACUUGUACACAAAAGCCUGCAGUGUUGCAGAGGGUCUGAGUCCUACCGAGUUGCCCUUUGACUGUUUGGAGCGCACCAGCCGGAUGCUCAGCACCACCUACAGUACGGACAAAGCCGUAGUAAAGACCUGGAGACAUCUGGCAGAGAGUUUCGGACUGAAGCGCGACGAGAUCGGAGGAAUGAGCGACGGCAUGCAGCUCUUUGACCGAGUGAGCACGGCGGGUUACAGCAUCCCCGAUCUGCUGACACGUCUGGUACAGAUCGAAAGACUGGACGCCGUGGAGGUUCUCUGCUUCGAUAUUCUAGGCGGACCCGAGAAUGGCGUCCCUCCAUCCAGCCAUCAUCCCACUUUAUCUUCUCGCUGUGCGAGCGUGUGAGACUCGAGAACGUCCUUAACCACAACGGCGUGAAGAAAUUCUCCUCUGGAUGAACAUCUGAGAUCAUGUUGAGGAGGAUCUUCUCUCAGACAGACGUGUGCGUGUUAUUGGUGCGGGACAGAGAUGAUGUAUGAUCUCAAGUUGUGUUCAUGUCUGUAGAAGAGAUGUUCAACACAUUUCUGCAGCAUUGAUGACUGAGGAUGUCUUUGAGGUUCAAGACAAUACUGCCGAGACUGAGCUCAUUUUUAUAGUUACCUGAAUAAUAAAAUGUAGUUCUGAGGUUUGUCAUGGACACGUAUACGUAUAACUGGACUGUGAAUGAUGUGUUAGUGUCUGUAUUCAUAUGUAAAGUGUGUGUUUCUUACAAUGACUCUCAGGAUACUGACAUGAACUCUUACACUGAGUUUAUUUAUAACCAUUUUUUACACUUACACUGAGUUAAGGUGAAUAUUCUGCUAACAGAUAUAAAUAGAAUAUGAACUGC